AUGGCGGCUAAAGGGGCCGCGCUGCUGCUGCUGCUCGGGGCGGCAGCGGCGCCGGGCCCGGUGCGGGGCUCGCAGGGGGACCGGGAGCCCGUGUAUCGGGACUGCCUGGCCCACUGCGAGCGGCGCAACUGCUCAGGGGCCGGCCUGCGGCACUUCCGCUCCCGGCAGCCGCUCUACAUGAGCCUGACAGGCUGGACCUGCAGAGAUGAGUGUAAAUAUGAGUGCAUGUGGCUUACAGUGGGACUUUAUGUCCAGGAAGGUUACAGAGUGCCUCAGUUCCAUGGCAAGUGGCCCUUUUCCCGCUUCCUGUUCUUCCAGGAACCUGCUUCUGCCUUUGCUUCUUUCCUUAACGGACUUGCCAACUUUGUGAUGUUGACUAGGUACAAAGCAUCCGUCCCGCCUUCAUCUCCCAUGUACCACACCUGUAUCGCCUUUGCCUGGGUUUCAUUAAAUGCCUGGUUCUGGUCUACACUUUUCCAUACAAGGGAGACUGAUGUAACCGAGAAAAUGGAUUACUUCUGCGCUUCCACCGUCAUCCUGCACUCCAUCUACCUGUGCUGUGUCAGGACCCUGGGUCUGAAACAUCCAGCCUUUGCUAAUGCCUUUGGGGGUUUUCUGAUCCUCUUCCUGGCCUGCCAUGUCUCGUACCUGACGCUCGUGCGCUUUGACUAUGGCUACAACAUGGCCGCAAACGUGGCAAUCGGCCUUCUCAACCUCUUCUGGUGGCUGGGCUGGUGCAUCAGGAACCAGCAGCGCCUCCCAUACGUGCGGAAGUGCGUGGUGGUGGUGCUGCUCCUUCAGGGCUUGGCGCUGCUCGAGCUCCUUGACUUCCCGCCCCUCUUCUGGAUCUUCGACGCACAUGCCAUCUGGCACAUCAGCACCAUUCCUGUCAAUGUCCUCUUCUACAGUUUCCUCCGUGAUGACAGCCUGUACCUCUUGAAGGCGAACUCGGGCGUUCUGAAAAUAGACUAAAGCUGUCGGGGAAGGGGCCUGCCGUGCGGAGAGGAUCUGUCCCUUCCCUGAUGGAAACUGUCACGCGAGACCUUCUGAGCGCCUUUCCCAGCAGCAUGCUGGGUCUCAAGCCAGCCGCUCUCGAGAAGCGGUGAUGUUGUGCACUUUCAUCUAGUCCCUGUCCAGAAUCUGUGGCCAUGCCGAGACCUGCUCCCUGCUGCCUUUGACUCCUGGGUGCACCAGAAUCCUGGGUAAACAUCACCCUCCACCAGAGCUUAGUUUUGUUUCCUCUUUUUUUUGCCUUCAGAAGUUUUAAUUCUAAUCCCAUGACUUGUUCCAUUAGAACAUCAACGAUCCAUCUCGCCUACAUGCUCCCCCACACACACUGUAAUUAAUGCUCUUCUGUGCUACCGGGCAACAUGGUGCGUUUCCGUUUCCACUGUUAUGAAAUCUGUUUGAUUCUCAGCUUGCUGCGGGAUUUCAGGCUAAGUGGGAAAUGUUGGUGAACCAACUGGUGACUCUGUAGACUUGGAAGAUGUCGUGAGCACGUUGUGGGGACAUCUGGUCAUAAAGCUGUGUGGCCCACAGGACCUCAGACUCUGCAGUCAGCCACUGCAGAAAUGGGUUAUUGUAAAUCUGUGUAAAUAAGACAUACGCUGCUCUGUACAUUGGAUUGACUCGUCCUCUGAGACUAGAGCCUGUGGUUCUGCGCUGCGAAACCUUCUUCAGUAGUUGUGGGGAGGUGGAUCUCCCAGGUUACUGGACACUUGGGGGGGAAUGUGGAAGCUGUGCAGAGGUGAUGUUUUUGAAAUGGGAUUCUCGGUGCAGUGUGAAAUGCCAGGCUGUCUCGGGCAGUUCAACACUUAUUUUUCCACUCCUUGACAAACCUGCUCUGAUGAAUCCUGUGUGCCCUAUAGGGGAAAAUGCCCCUUUCUUGCAAGGGGAGGGGGUGCUAAGGUACCCCAAAGAUUCCCUAGUCCCUGCAUGCCACUUUAAGUCACCCACAUGUUGUGGCUAGUCCUCCAUCCUUUCUGGCUGUUAAGUGCUGAGAAGGGACUCCCUGCAGCGCUGAGAUGAGGGCCUCCUGACUAGAGGAGGGGGGUGACACCCCUCACCCCUGUUAUUCCAGUUGCUGAGGGGAGCAGAUGAAAAACAGAACAGAACCUUUCUGUGUAUAAUGACAUUCCUGGCUUUCCCUCUGCAAUUGCAUUAGUCAGGGGCCUGCUGUACGUUACAGGAUUAAGGCCUUACUGAGUAAAGUGAAAGGUUGAGAGCUCUGGGCUCCGCUGGUAAAAGCAGAGAGACCAGGAAUGCGGCAGGAAGCCGAAGGGAUCAGCAAGUGCCUUUUUCUGAUGGCCAGAGGGAGUUAAUGAAGUAGAUUCGCAGGUGUUAUGACUUGCUGUGUUGCUGCGGCACCAGUAGGUGGCGAGCGUUGCCAAUCCAUUGACAUUUCAAACUCCAUCUCUCCCUGUCUGAGGUUUACAGCCGGCCAGCUGGGCUGGUUCGGUUCUCCUGGAAGCUCUCUGGCAUCCCUGUGCCACCCGUCACUCUGGGCGUCCUUGUGUCUGAAUGGGCCCAGCCUGUGUGUGACCUGUUAGGACCGUUCGUGAUUCUGUUAAAGACUUGGAGUUAUUAGCCCAGAUGUCUAGUCUGCAUGGGGCUGCAGUGUGUGUGUGUGUGUGUGUGUGUGUGGCUUGUUUUCAAAAUUUAGAUUUACUUCCAUUGUUAAGAUAAAGUCCAGGUGUGUGGGGGUUUUUUUGUGGGGGAGGCGGGAGGCAGGGAGCCUGGAUUUUGUUUUUGUGGGUGCAGCCCUGAGUAACCUCCAUUGCUGGGCUGGGGUGGGCUGCCUGCUCAGCUCACAGAUGUGACGAGAGAGAAGGGGGUAAUACACAAGCUGUUCUGAGCAAGGGACAGGAGGCCAAGAACUCACCCAGGGACCUGAGGUGCAAUGAGUCUGGGGAACUUGGUCCCUUCAGCACCGACUCCACAAAGCGCUUGCUCACCAGUAAGAACCGAGUGGUUCCAAUCCCUUAGCUGGGAGUGCCCAGUGCUCUGAUCCAGAGCCUUUGCAGUCAGUGGACAGAAGGUCAGAUGUCCGUACUUGGCGGUCUGGGCCAUACAGAAGUCUGCGAGGACGAUGGCUUGGAGAACAUGAGCCAAGCUGGGAAGACCUGGCAAGUGGCUACCUAGUUAUGUUGACUGCAGUUAGCACAAUAGCUUGUGUUCAGUGGAAAUUAGAGACUAUGGCAGCGUGGUGGUAACCCUGGAGAACUGUCAGUGGUGGCUAAUGGGGGGUUUGUGUGUGUGUGCCCACACGUGCCUAGAUGUAACUGACUACAUGCCAUGAUGUUUGCCCCUGCCUAGGGGCAGAUAUCUGUCCAUCUGUAUCUCUGCCGCUGCUUCAUCUUAUUGUUCAAAACCCAAACUCUUGAACUUAAGCUGCCUGUAACAUCCUUGUCCUGGUGAGGAGGAAAUCUGCAGCCCGUAUGUAUGUCCCAGCGAUACGUAUGUGUCUCUCUCUUCUCUUCUGCCUUCCCCCUCGUUUAACCUGCCUGUCGCCUUCCCAGAGAAACCACCCAAUGCCCUGGCUCUCUUCCAAUUUCAGAGCUUGUAAAUUCCACUGCUGCCCAGCUGCACUGAGCUGCUUAAUGCAGAGAGUGACUUCUGCAUGUUCCCCAGACGUCUGUGGAAAGAUCAGUCCAGACAGGCCACCUUGAAAGCUUUAGGAAAAGUAGAGGCCAGCGCAAUCCUGGUCCUUAUCGCUUAUUAGCCCCUGCUCUGAAUUCCAAACACUCUUUAUCCUGGUAUCCUCCAUUCACCUUGCUUCACAGAGAUCCCAGACUAGCCAGACCCCUGGGUGCAGGAGCCCGUAGCUUUGCAGAGCCAUAGCCAGAGUGAGCGAACGGAGGAGUUGUAUGAUUCAGCAGCACUUUGUUGUCUGGCUAGCGGAGAAUGCCAAGUCCAACCAGCUGCUGGGGCAGCAGUCCAGAGCCAUGUCUCUAACCAGGGCUCCACUAAAAUAACCCAGAGGGAAGGGCUGGCAUUAGACUUGCUGGGACCCAGGACUGAAGCUGAAGCCCAAGCAACGUGGUUUCAGGGGGCCACCUGUGGCGCCAGCCCUGCUUACUACCCCCAAAUGCUGGCCCUGGCUUUUGAUCUACUGGAUUUGCAGGAAGCCAGUUGUGGCACAGGUGAGCCGUGGAAUUUUCAAAACAUGUUGGGGGGGGUGCUCAGAAAGAGAGGCUGAGAACCCCUGGUCCAGAGAAUGGCUCCUUCACCUUGGUAGCAUCUCCUGCCUUCUUUACACCAGGGCUGCUAUAGGACAGCUGGGCUCGCUCGCCAAGGUAGGCACCAACUGGCGUAUCUGCUGCCUCCUAGGUAGCUGGUGGGCGUCAGCCUGUUGCUGGAAGGAGUCGCAAUAGGCCUCAGUAUCAUCCUGUUCUGAUAGUGCUGAGACAUGGCUGGGCUUUCUCAGGUGGGGGUGGGGCUGGUGCCAGCAUCCUGCCUGGCGCUCCAACCCCCGCUCUGUCCCCUGAGACUGGCCUAGCAGGACUUCCCCUGAAGAGCCAGCGUCCCUUCUCCCCACUCGCUCCAGGUCUUGGCACCUGCUCUGCAGGCCCAGGGCUCUGACCUCAUCUUUCCGUGCAGUAGCCAUCCCAGGGCCUUGCCUUAUUCCCGCCUGGUCACCUGUGUCCUGAGUCUCAGGGGAAGCAAAAUGCCCUGCCUCUGGUUUUAACCCUUAGUUUUCCCUGUUUGCUGCGCUUGUACGGGUGCUGGAGCAAAUAGUUUUCAAGCCACUUUAAAAACUCCCGUUGCACGAAGAGGGCUUGAUCCAUGAGCCCCUCCCUCCUCCUGGCUUUCCACCAGAGUGCUGUACCCUAGCAAGGAGGAGGCAUUUGGUGUGACGCUCUAGUUAGCAGGUUUGUAGUGGAGGCUUCUCGUGGAAACUCUUGCCAAGAACAGACUACUGGCUGUGCAUGCCAGGGUGUGCAACAGGUGAUCAUACAGUGAAAGCAGGUGGGGUGUGUGUGUGUGUGAAACGAUUGACCCCGCCACAAAAGCAGCUCCUGGCCUCAGAGCUCUGUGCCAGCUUCUUACUGAAACGUCCCAGUGUGUAAUUUUAGAAGUAGAAAACAAACAGCACAUCCUCCUCAGAUAGCUCUCAGCCAACGCAGCACAUUGUGAGCUCGCUCGCUGUCCAUUCACCCUCGGCGCUGUCACGAGAGCCUGGCGUCUGUUUUUCACAUGGAAAAUGACCGGACAUUCUACUGGCAGCGGCCCUGCCAGCCACUUCAGCUGGGCUUGGUAACAGAAUUUCCUGAAGGUGACCUGAAAGUGCUGUUGGUGGGAGCAGCUGCUUUGCUGCGGGGGAAGGGGAGAGUGUAGAUUUGUGGGUUUCUUUUUCCUCCUCUGUUUCGGAGGAUGUUUCCUUUUCUGGUUAUACAGGUGAUGAGUUGGGAUAAUCUGUAUAUAUCAUGGUAAUAAGGGAAUGGGGGCAGAUUUUCUGUCACUGUGCAGCCCCCACACAUGUCUUAUGGGGAUGUGAAUGUGACUGACGUGUAUUCUAUUGCUGUUUUACUUCUUAAAUCAGCCCUUUGGAGCGUGAUCAAUGAAUUGUGUUAGAUUUGGGUCAAGUCGGCGAUUAUUGAAAACGGUGCAAAUGAACCUUUGUCAGUAUUGUCCUGGGUUCUCUGAGAAUAAAAUUGUAAUUAAUCUAA